GCAAUAUUUCUCAAAUCAGCUCCGUUCUCACUCCCCUUGCUGAAGCCUUGAAAAUUCAUUGUCCAACUGGCCAUCUCUGUGCCCUCGUCGAAAAUUAGUUACCACUAUUCUCUUUCAACUGUGCCAAUUCUGUGAAAUGGCCCGUAUCCUGAUAACCGGUUCUACGGAUGGCUUCGGCCUUGAGGCUGCCCGUCAGCUGGUUCAGCGGAAUCACACCGUCUAUCUUCAUGCGCGUAACCAAGAGCGCGCAGAGGAUGCCAAGGCAAAAUGCCCUGGCGCUGCUGGCGUGCUGAUUGCAGACUUGACGAGCAUGGCAGAGACGCGCAAACUGGCUGAGGAGGCAAACACAAUUGGUACCUUUGACGCCGUCAUUCUUAAUGCCGGACUGCUUUAUGGCCCCUUCCGCAAGACGCCAGAUACUGGCGUGCCGGCUAUGGUCUUCGUCAACGUGGCCGCACCUUAUAUUCUCUCUUGUCUCCUCAAGCAACCCAAGCGCCUUAUCUUUAUUGCUUCCACCCUACACAAGCAAGCCAACACGAGCGUGAAGGAUAUUUUCUGGUUCGAGCGUGGGGAAAGGGAAUUCCAGGAUUUCCCAGCAUACUGCGACUCGAAGCUUCAUGUUAUGCUUCUUGCGAAUGCAGUGGCAAGGCGGUUUAAGGGCACUUCAGUCACGGCUGUCCAUCCUGGAUGGGUUGCUACCAAGCUUGGAGGUCAAGGUGCUACCGACAAGCUGGAGGAUGGUGUCGAGACAUACGUCAUGCUGGCCGAAGGCGAUUAUGAUCAAAGUCUCACCGGUGUCUAUUUUGAGCCCAAGAAGAAGAUCGGUGAAUCUCUUGAAGUGACAAGGGACGAAAAUCUGCAGGAGGUCGUCGUCAAAGCCUGCAAGGAUCUCACCGGUCUUCAGCUACCUUAGUGGCUUAUGUUUGGCAUAUCGGCACCAUUCAUGGUUGGCGUGCAUCUUCUGGAACACGUAUACGAUUAUUCUAGAGCUCGUCGAGAUUCCCAAUACCUAGGCCCGGGCUCUCACCGAACUAACAUCAAUGAUCUCCUGCAUGGAGGCUGAUGUCCCAAUCUCGGACUUGUUUGUCCGUUGUCUCAGAAUAAGUUUGCCCUGUUGCAACAUAGCCUUUGCCGUGGCGCAUGGCGCUUCCGAAUAACGUGUAGUUUAAUACGGAGGUCUCCAAAAUAUUCUCG